AUGGUUGCAUCGAAUUCGAUUGAGGAUCUGUUCAACAUGCAGGCGACGUGUAAGGUGUUCCUGGGGGCAGCGAGUUCAGACGCUGUAUACAAGCAUGCGACGAUGUCUUACCUCGAUGGGCCUGAAAGGAGAUUCUUUGAUCGUUGUGUGAAAGUAGGAAAUGUGGAUGCUAUACUCCGACAGGGGUUUGUGGAGUAUUUCCAGUUUCGCCGCCAUGACAAAGGGAUGGAACUGCUUGCUAGGGCCUCAACGGAGGGUAGUGUCGAAGCAGGUUACCUGUGUGCCCACUUGCUAAUGUUUGGUCAUGAAGAAGAGGAAGAAGUGCAAAAGGGGUGUUCAAAUGAUGGAGGUUAUCCGUAUUUCUGGGCAGCUCGAGAGCUGCAACAAUUUCUUGAGGGACAUUUCCAAAGAUACCAUGGUGCUCUUGUUAGAAAUGCUUGCAUCUAA